GGGCAGGCGGGCGGGCGGGCGGAGCCCCGACCCCCGGCCCGCCGCCCCUCUGCCUUGCGCUGCCGCAGGCAGUUCCUGGCCCCUGGCGCUGCCCGAUGGGUCAACAUCGACAGCCGGACGAUGGAGCGGACGCUGGAGGGUCUACGGCAGCCGCACCGCUACGUGCUGGACGACGCGCAGCUGCACAUCUACAUGCUGAUGAAGAAGGACUCCUACCCGAGGUUCCUGAAGUCCGCCGCCUACAGGGACCUGCUGGCUGACGCAGUGGUUCCCGCGGAGGCCAAGAGGCGCGUGUUCCCGUUCCCGAGGAAGCUGCCGCACUCCAGCCCCAGCCCUGCUCUGCUUCCUGCCUCCCCGUCUGGGGAGCCUGUGGCUGCUGCCAGUGGCCCUGCGUGUGGCGAGGGGGGCGCCUAGGUGGGCACACGCGCCAGGAGGGGAAGGUGACCGUCCUCCCCUCAGGCCCCGAGGGCCCGGCCUUGCUGUGGGACAGACGGAUCCCCUUGUCAAGCCCCCUCCUCCCCAGAAGGACCUGGUCUGGGUGGUGAUAGUCUGGGGCACCUGGAGAAAAGUGGCGUGAGACGGGCAAAGUGGAUCAGGCCACACAAAGCCCCCGGCACUGUGUGGUCUGCAGUUCAGGACUAGGCGCCCGCCCCACCUCCACAACCACUGACCUGCUGGCAAAUACCAGGCGGCCUCCAGCAGGUGGCACUGGUCCCAGGAAGAAAUGCAGGCCUCGGGGUGGGUUUACUGGCCUCGCUCUGCCCAGUGCGACCCUGUGGGGACCUCACACCGCGUCCCUAGUUCUGCUAGGGCUGCCUCACCCUUCCACCCAGCCUAGUGCCAUUCUCUCAAGUCUCGCCCACACUGUGGCCGUCACUGCGCGUGUCCCACACCUCACCCCAAACCUCGCCCCCCCGCGGGGGCACCUCUGGCCGGUGUCCUCGAGGCUGUGGCUUCUCCACCAGAGUCAUCCAGAGACAGCCCCGGUGUCAUCACCCCGGUGGCAACGGGUCUGGUUCACGGCCGGGACAGGCAGAGCCCUUGGGGGGGGGGGAGGGGAUGCCAGACCCCGGGGGAAGGGCGGUUGCUCUGGGAGCACAGGUCUGUGAGGCCACAGGGAGCAGGGCCCCCUUCCUUCGCCCGGCUUCGUCCGGCCUGGAAAUAAAAGACCGCACUCUGAGCCGCUC